AUGAACAUGGAUUUUAAUGAACUUACGAUAAAUAUUCCUGACUAUAAAAUAGUUUGUUUUCUUGUCCUAUAUCUCUCCUUGAAGGCUUUUGGCGCCACUGUGUUAAACAUGUCUUCAGGUUUCCAAGAGAAAUGCCGGAAGUUAUAUAUCGGUGGUUUAGUAGAAAACAUCCUCAAAGAUGAUUUAGUCCGCGAGUUGUCUAAGUGUGGUGAAUUAGUUGAUGUGUGGGUUGCCAGAAACCCACCAGGAUUCGCAUUCGCCGAAUAUGUAAGGUCAUCGGAUGCUGAGAAAGCAGUAAGAUCUCUUAAUGGUGUCAACGUUUGUGGCUCAAGAAUCAGAGUCGAGUUCGCGCACGGUGGUCGUACUAAAAGCGCUAUCGGGUCAGCGUUUCAUGGUGGUCGAUCAGGUGGCAGGGCCUCAUUUAGGCGCCGAAAUUCCCCUCGUCACAGCAACAGAGAUUCGUCAUACAACGGUCACCGUUAUCCUGAUUACGACCAGUUUUCUUCUUUUCACUCAUCAGAAGUAGCCAAUGCUGCGUCGGGCUACCCCUACGGGGCGUCAAGCUAUCAGUCUAUGCUACCUUUCCUCCCGUCUGCGGAUUUCAUACGAUCCCUACAAAGUCAUUCACGUCGUCGAUCAUCUCCCGGGAGAAUCCCGUUACCAGUGAACCAAAGAGGACAUUCUCCAAUAUCACGACGAAGGAGUCGAAGUCCAUUAGGUGUUCCAGUGGGAAGACCACGAGGUCGAAGCCCACCGGAAUCAUACGACGGCAGGAGUAUGAGUCGCCAUCUCGACAUGCGCGGCCGUGGAGGCUACAGUGACUUUUCACGCUCUCGAAUACCCCGUGGGCCUCGUGCAACCUAUUCACCGCCUUUUGUGAGAGAAAUGAACGGUAGACGUGAUGAAUCACGUGGACGAAGAGGUCGAGACGAUCGUCGCCGACGUUGA